UUCUGGCUGCCCGAGUGGGAACGCGUAGCGUGUUGUUCUUGUCGGGCCUGUUCGCAAAAGUCCUUGUGUGCGGAGACGUGUUGGCAGUUUUAGUGGCUGUCGUGCUGUCGCUGUUCCUAGUUUUGUUUUUGUGUCAAGUGCGAACUUGUGACAUGUCACACAUCCUCGUGAAGUGGGAAGAUACUGAGGCUUGGGACGUCUACCCCACGAGGGCCAUGAUUGAUGUCGCCACAGCUUCCGCCAUCAUGAAAGAUCCGACGUUGGUCGAUACCUUUAUCGGAAAGUGUUUUGAGACCCGGUGGAAAGCUGACGCAGAACCCGCCAAAGCUUAUUUGAUCCAGGCCGGUGACGCAGCCAAACUUGAGCGGAAAAGGAACAGACUCGCUACACGUGCAACUUCGCACUCAUCACAAUCGCAUCAUGCACAACAGAGGUGUUGCACUCAUAGCGAGCAAGUACAGGCCUUAGAAAAAGAAAACAACGAGCUAAAGCGCAGGUUAGAGCAGCAGGAAAACUUGAUCGAAUCAGGCAAGAUGGUACGCAGACUAAAAUACAUGCUGAGAGAAGUUCAAGAACAACACGUCCAGAAUAUAUCUCAGACUGGUCAAUGUUUCUCUACAAAACUACAAGUCCACACACAGUCUGUCAGCCUUCGAACAGUGCAGUGCUCGUGAAGUUGGGCCAUGGCAAUGUAUUUGGACACCGGUGGACUUCACACAUAGCAUGUACAGUGAGUGCACAGCAUGUACUUGCUCUCGUGCAACAAUGACGCAACAGAUGCUAAUUAAAUACAUUGCUGAAGUAAUACUGUGCUAGCCUGCGCUAUUUCCCUAUAGCACAUCAUAUCCUCCAGCGAUUCCAGAAUAAAUACCAACUUAUGCUGUUAGUGAUCAGUACAGGCCAGAUUUAUAUGCACUUAAAAGUGCAUGUUCAUGCAUUUGAAAUGUCCCCCAAAUCGUCUGACCCUACUUAUGGCUUUGCAGAACGCGGACCUGGGUGCAGGUGUACUCGUCCGCCAGACCACGCUAACACGACUGGAGCAGACAUACAAAGACCAGCCGUCCAAGUUUGCGAGGUCCCUGAUGAGGGUUUUGUUCACGGACGAGGAGAUGGUGA